CAGAGGAGAAUGUUUUGUGGGCACAACAAAGUAGUAAUAUUCUUCCUCGGAAGAUCCGCAGAGAGAGAGAGAGAGGGCCAAUGGCAGCUGUGAAUUAGCUAGCUAGGCUGUUUCUCACUCCUCUUCCAUGGCAUCUCGCCAUUUCGUCAAACUUAAUUUGAUACAGGAAUUUUCUGUUGAUCCCCAAAUCUUGGAUUGAAGGAAGUCAUGUGAUAUGGAGACACAAAAACCACAGAAACAGAGGCUUUAUCGAGUCUGGAGGGGAAGCAAUAUAUUUGUAUUUGGAGGGAGACUGAUAUUCGGUCCCGAUGUCUCAUCUCUAUUCCUAUCGGUGUUCCUUAUCGCCGCCCCGGCCCUUGCUUUCUGCAUAAAGAUGCUAUUUAUAAUCAACCAACAAAUAAAACACAACCAGAGUGCAGCUCCAUGGUACGCUGUGCUUGUCGUCGCUCUAGCGCUAACAGCCUUGGACAUUUUGUUCUUAUCUCUUACAUGUAGCCGAGACCCCGGCAUUGUCCCGAGGAACACAAGGCCUCCCGAAUGCGAUGAAACCAUGGAAAUGGACACUCUUUCAAUGGAAUGGGUCAAUGGGAGAACGCCUCGGCUUAAACUUCCCCGGACAAAGGAUGUCGUUGUCAACGGGCAUACAGUGAAAGUCAAAUUCUGCGACACCUGUUUGUUGUACCGGCCUCCGCGCGCGUCUCAUUGCUCGAUUUGCAACAACUGCGUCAUGAGGUUCGACCAUCACUGCCCUUGGGUCGGACAAUGCAUCGGUAUACGAAACUACAGGUACUUCUACCUGUUCAUUGCAACAUCGACGGUCUUGUGUCUGUACGUAUUCAUCGUGUCGUGGAUCAACAUUAUUCGACCCAAAGUCAGCGUUUUGAGAGCCUUGAAAACCGACAUUCUCUCCGAUUUUCUAAUCGUGUACUGUUUCAUCAUCGUCUGGUUCGUCGGCGGCCUUUCGAUUUUCCAUUUCUAUCUUAUCAGCACAAAUCAGACAACAUACGAGAAUUUUAGGUACCGUUACGACAAAGAGGAGAACCCGUACAACAACGGGAUGCUCAACAACUUUCUAGAAGUCUUCUUCGCGAAGAUCCCUCCUUCCAUGCACGAUUUUCGCGCAUUCGUCGAAGAAGAUGAAAUCACAGCUUUGGAUGGCUCGGAUCAGCACAGCCUCAUGGAGAGCGUCGCAAAUAGCAGCUCCAAAGAGAAGAUCGAUAUCGAGAACAACGGCCUUACACUCCCGGAAGUUCUGCUGAGCAUCGAAUGCGCGGAGGAGAAUAUGAAGCCGCACAAGGAAGGGAUUGAACCGACGACUUCUGAAAUGGGACAAGACCCGACGGAGACAGCGACGGCGACGACGACGAGGGAUGAGAAAGCAGCUGCUGAGGAUGAAGGAUGAAGAUCAAACAGCAGCAUCAAUUCUUGAUUUUCUUGACAAAAAACAACUUACACACACAAACACUCAUUGGUGUUUUAAGAUGAUCCAAUUCAAACCGCAAACUUUUUAUUAGCAGUUAACUAUUCAUGUUAUGUGAUGUUAUUUGUUCAUACUUCUUUCGACACGUAAUUUUUUUUUGUUUUACAUUAGAAUUUGAUAGGGUGUCUUUGUUUCUAAGAUUUUUACUAUAAUUUUACUAUUUGAA